AUGCUGCUGCUGAAAACCUUGGAAUAUCUGUUUUACCUGCUCUGGUUCUGUUUUCUAUGCAAAUAUGCCCAGGCAGCCAGUGUACAACCCACAGAGCCGGCGCCAAUUCAAAUGGAAACCUUACAUCCUCCCCAGAAGGCGCCAACAUUGAGUAUGAACGAGUGCGAAGCAUCAUCGUUUAGUUGGAUGUGUCUGAAAAUUGAAUUCGUCAAAAUUAUGGAACGCUUAGCGGAACAACAGGAGCUCAAUGUGCUACCCGGAGUCAGCGUGGUUAAGGAUGAGAAUGCAACAGAGCUGAAGACAUCAGAACUUAUGGCUGAGGUAGCACGCAGUUAUCCCAGCGAUCCCAAUACGCGUCUCAAUGGAUAUAUUCUUGCCAAGAUGCAGAAUCUUCUAAAGACACGUUUCCUGCGCUUUCGCUUAAUGGAUGAUACCAAUUUGACUGAAGGUCGUAAGAAUAAGUUUGGUAAAAAGGGUGGAAUGGAGGCGCUUGUGGCCGCUGGUGUUAUGAUGAAGGGCAUGCUUAUGGCCCUGGGACUUGGAGCCAUUGCAUUGAUGGCUGGAAAAGCGCUGAUGACGGCGCUGAUGGCGCUAACACUUUCUGGAGUUCUCGGCCUAAAGGGUCUGGCCGGUGGUGGCAAGUCGACCACUUAUGAGAUUGUGGCCAAGCCCAUCUACACAUCCAGCCAUUCCCAUUCCGUCAGCCAUGAGGAUGGCCAUGGACACAGUGCACACUUUGCACCAGCCGGAGCAGGCGGAAGUGGCAGUGGCUAUGGUUAUGGAGGCUAUGCAAGGUCAUUGAACUUGCAACAAGCCAGCCAGCUGCAAGCGUUGUAG